CAGGUUGAACACGAAUUUACCAUAGACCCAACGUAACACAGAAGACAGAGUAACUACCUCCCACACAGAACCUGAAUUCUUACAACCAUUUGUUCACUUAAGAUUGUCCUAGGAAGUUAGAGGUCGAACACUACGUUAAAGAGCAUAAGAUUGAUGAAAUGCUUCAGAAUUUGACCUCUUCGUUGUUCUACAAAAUGCCAGAAAAUCCAAAACAAUAUUUAAUUGAACAAUUACGUUUAUUAAAAGCUUCACGUGAUGAAUAUGCAGAACCUCCAACAUUAUUUACUGAAACUAAUGCUGAAACAAUAUUUAAUAUGCUUGAUCCAUGUGAAAAGAACUCAAUCCCUUCUGAUCGAUAUCAGCAUGCAUUAGAAACAUUAGGAGUACUUCAAUAUGGUAAAGUUAUAGACAAUAAGGAUGAGGACAUAAGUAAAGAUGUAUAUAUGAAUGUUGUUAAAACAGGUUUAAAACAAAUGGCAUCAACUUAUAAACCAUUUAAAUAAGUUAUGGAAAACAAAAAAAAGUGGUACCAAACAAGAUUCAUAUGCAAAUUGUUAUUGUAUAACAAUGAAUUAGCCAUGUGUAAUGUAUAAAUCAAAUAAAAAGAUUGAUAUGAAUCAAACUUUUCCUAAUUGAUAAAUCAUUGCUCAUAUAUCAGUUUUCUAAAUAAAUUCACUUGGUAUUGUUUGA